AUAGAGAUUUAGCGGGUUAUAACUCGAUAAGUGUUAAUAUAUACGUGUAAUCCUCAUACUGUGAGUAAUCAUACUCGAAAAAACUUUAGAAAGAUUGGACAAAAUGGAUAAACAAAUUGUCAUUUCUCUGUUGUCGGUUUUUGUUUUACAAGGGGCAUCAGGAACUCGGCAUGUAGUUUAUUGGGACAAGAGCCUAAUUCCAGAAUUAUCCAUAAAAGAUGGACUUGAUAUCACUGUAGAAAUAAACGAUUGGAUGGAUUUAUUGUGUCCGUACACAGUUACUCGUGAUAGUAUCUGGAGAUCGAAUGAAAGAGAAUCAUUUCUGCAUUUGUAUAACGUAACAAAGGAAGCUUACAUGAACUGCGAUACACGAGGCGGUAUUCGCCUCCAAUCAUGUGACGAUCCAUAUACAGAGAAGAAAUUGACAACGAAAUUUCAAGAACGAAGUCCAUAUCCGUUUGGAUUUACAUUCAGACCUGGAGCCACAUAUUAUUAUAUUUCUAAACCGCUCUACGACAGCAGCAUUGGAUGUACUCAAGAUACGUUAAAAAUGAGAGUAAACGUAAAUAGAAAAGGAACAGGAUCAACAAGAAGAAACAAUGAAAAUAAGAAAACAUAUCACAUAAUGCCGUCAUCAGAAGAAAGUGCAACAAUUCCUGGAAAUGUUGAAGAUAUAUCAGGGGAUCAAAGGAGGAAAGAGAAACGCCACCACCAUCACACAAGAUUUCAGAGCCAAACAACGACGCCCGCUCCCAAAAUUGCUAUCAGAAUUGUGACGUCACAACGGGAGGCCGUAUCGGGUUCGGUCCGCUCAGAUGGAUCAGAAAAUUAUGGUUAUUCAGCAACACGCUCAACAAGAACAACGAACUACAUGUUGCUCGCGAUAGUAGUAUGCUGCACAUACUUACAUACUUUCUUUGAUAAAUGUGGAUCAAAUUUAUAGUUAAUACUGAUGAUUGGAGAUUUAUCAAUGUUAAUAUGGUCGACUGUACCAUAUUAUUGACGAAUAUGGUCAAAACGCAUCGAGGUAAAGCUUAAACGCCGGAAUGCCUUCUAUUGCUUUUCUAGCCUAAACUCGGUGACAAAGCGCAUGUCGGAAGAUGCCCUCAAUAUUGACAAAAGUCUGUUCCAUGAAAAUGUGGUAAUACUGGCUUAGAAUAGAGUAUAUCAAGAAUCAUUGCCAAUCGAACAAAAUUCCACAGAAUUGAGAUUUUGCCAAGUUUGCGAUAGAUUAUAGCUGCCUGCGCUAGUAAUAAGUGGAAUACAUUUGUUGUUACAAACUCUUAACUCUAUUUAGUUCAAGUCACCACUCGCCCCAGGUCACAUGUAUAGAGACCGUGGUAUGAGAUAUAAAAAAAUCUAUUGUGAUUGAGUAUGCAGUAGAUAUUAAGUCCGCUAAAAACAUGUCUGUAGAAUUACCAUGCAGACUUCAUUUUCUAGUUGAGAAGCAAGGCGAAUAAAGGUUGCAAUCCAAUGGGACUAAUUACCGAAAAAAACUCUUACCCUUCUUAAUAAUUUUUGACAAUCUCUACAAUUGAUUUUCUGUCCAAUUCAAUUUUCUAAUAAGUCAAUUAGGUUUUAUUUCUCAAAUUCCCAUAUAUUUUUUGAGUAAAUCAAUAUACUCCAACAAAAUUGUUAUUGAAGAUCGUUUUCACAAAGUUUUAUAAAAUGUUUUAAGCUGAUUUUGUAAGGUACGAGCGAGCCAAACGUUCUGUAUGUUGUCAUUCACCGUAGUAAGUCAUUUCUAUAUUAUUCCUAAUUACUUUUAAUAUUUAAGUUUGUGCUGUUGUUUAUUUUUUCCCCCGCUUACGUUGGCGAAGUUACUUCUUGAAUUUAGACAGCAUUUUAUUCCCUUUGUUAUUUUUCGUGUGGUUGCGUUUACGAAAUAAACUGUUACAUGUGUCAAAUCGUGUUCCGCUAUAUUUUAAACGUAGUAGAAAAAUCCAAAUCUCUUUAUGCAAAAUAAAUAAAUGGAAGUCUUACUUUAGCUAAAUGAUAACAACCGUAUAUUGUCCAUCUGUAUCCUUGCUUUUGGAAAAAUGCUGAACGCGUCAAUGCACAAACAAUUAGCUGUCUGUCAUUAAUUUGCAAUCAGACACGACAUCAACAACUGAAGUAUAAAUAUUUUUGCACUCUCGCCAGAACAAUAUUUUGAAUUAGAACAAAAAAAAUGUGGGAACAAUGAAUAUAUA